ACUAGAAAGGGAAAGAAUGAAUAAUUUAUGUGAAGAGAGUAAAUGUACUUUUACUCACAAACUGACUCAUCAACAAGAAUCUCACUACAUGGUGUCAGCUCUCAAACAUGUUUUCUCAGGCGCCGCCGCUGAUGGUCGGGCGGACGGAGAAGCUGCUAAGCUUUUGUGGGAAGUUCAAAAUGCAGCCACGUCAGAUAAUUCAAUGCCACGUAGGACUAUUAAUGUGGACGACGCUGUUUCUCUGGAAAGCGGGAAGAAGAAGAAGAGGAGGAGGAGGAAUACGAAGAAGGAAUUUAGGGGAGUGAGACAAAGGCCAUGGGGAAAAUGGGCCGCUGAGAUACGUGAUCCGCAUAAAGCCCAACGACUUUGGCUUGGUACUUUUAUUACUGCCGAAGAUGCUGCUAGAGCUUAUGACAUAAAGGCCGUAGAAUUUAGAGGUCGAAAGGCGAAAACCAACUUUCCUCUUAAGGAAUAUAUUGAUGAUGACAACACUACUUCCCCAAUGGUGAUAGUGGAAGAUGACCAAAAUGGUAAUGAAGUUGCAGUGGCUACUAAUGGUGAAAACAGUAUGGAUAUUGGUGAUGACUUUUGGGCCACAUUGGAAGAUGAUAGGCUUGUCAAAUUUAUCACACAGGAUACGCCCCUCUGAUUCUUAAAUUUCUACUUUUAUGGUUUUUGUCUUAUCUGAAAAAUAUCUUCUUCUUCUUUUGCAGGUUUUUUUUUUUUCGUUGUUUUCUUCUCUUUCUUUGACUACUUUACUCUUAGGUGGCUAGUACGGAGUGGUAGCAAAUACUAUCUUCUUGUUUAAGUAUUUUGUACUGAAGUGUUAAGGUUGCAAUCAUUUAUUUUCGUCCAAAAAAAAAUAUAAAAUGAGUGAAGUUAGUUCCCUCGAAAAGUCAUCCAACUUGUCAACAUUUUACAAUUUGCUUACU